ACCACCACGACCACGACUACGACCGCUACAACCGCCACAACAACCAGGCAUUUCAGCUACUUGUUCAUCAUGAAGCUGAACCUGUUUCCUCUCCAGUGUCUUAUAGGUGUCGUGGCUCCAGUCGCUCUGUCGCUCCGAUUAGCACCGAUCCCUGUCAAGAUCAACAAGACAUGGUCUGAUGCGCAGACGUACUGCAGGAGUUCGUACUACGACCUGGCUGUAGCUAAAACCCCAAAUGACUGGGUGAAGCUCACAAACACAUUAGCAAAACACGCCAUAACGGGGCCCAUCUGGAUGGGACUGAACACCAACUUCAACACCUGGCGCUGGUCCAUGAACGAACUUCCCUUAAACAAUAUAACUCUGAGAAAGUGGGGCGGUGGAGAACCCGACAAUUCUAACGGCCAUGAGUGGUGCGUUGCGAUAGACAAGUAUGGCCUGUGGUGGGACGCAGAUUGCAGAUGGGCAACAACUUUUGUGUGUUAUGAUGCUGUUACCAAAACGUUUGUAGGUGUGAACAUUUUGAAGAACUGGAGCAUCGCUCAGACGUACUGUAGACAGCAUCACACAGACCUGGCCAGCGCACUCACCGUCUCAGAUAACAACCAGAUCAUGCAGAUUACAUUGUCCCUGGGCUUCUCCUGGUUUGGUCUCUACAGGGAUGACUGGAAGUGGGUGGAUGGGACCAAAGUGGAUCAUCUCCUGUGGCAGGAUCCUCUUCCUGAUAACGCUGUUCGCUUUGAAAACUGUGGGACGUUUAACGGUGGAAAACUUGACGAUAAACAGUGCAGCAACAAUUACUGCUUUGUCUGUGAUUUAAUUCCGGUGGUACAAGACGUGGUGAAGCUGUGGGUGAAGGCUGAUGAAAGCGUGUUGGAUCCUGCUGUGCAGGCGGCUAUUUUACAGCAGUUACGCCAGAAAGUUAAUGCAAACUUCACCGUGUCCUGGAGACUUCAGCCGGACGGGAAAGUCUUCCACAAGGUCCCGGUUCCUUAAAGUGACUGGAACAGGAAGCGCGUUGAAAAGAUCAUCGUCAUUCUGAUCAAAGCGAAGAUCUGAUCAACAAACAUCUGAGUUUUCUUGACAUGAGAUUAGUGAUGAGUUAAUAACCGUGUAUCAUAUAAUCCUCACAUCAUGUUCUCCAUUUAACUGUCUCCAUGUUCUCAAUUUCUUUCCUACAUUUAGGCAUUGAAGGUUGUGUUUUCUAAUAUUUAAAGAACUAA